AUGGGACAGUCUUCCUCCAUCAAUUCCGGUAUUGAAGAGGGUUCUUCCCAUUCAAAAAAAUUCACAAAUGGCAAGGAUGUUUUAACAUAUUUCAACAAUAAAGCACAGCAACAGGUCACUACACCAGAAUUGGUCAGCUUCAAGGGAAACUUGCAGAUUGAAAACCUGAACACACCAAUUUCCCACAAAACCUUAUGUAACUCACUUCACUUUCCACAAAAUCAUGCUAUAAUUGUUGGAAUAGUGACUAACAUGUUGAGGGUUUUGAGCAACUUCCCAUUAGUGAACUCAUCUUAUGAACCAAUUACAGGAUACGGGUUAUUAAAGUGCAUUUUGUUGUUAAAUAGGGCACGAUGUGCAAAAUUUUUGAAACUCAAGUCGUAUGAUCAACUAAAACUACUGUUUAUCUCUUUAUCACUACAAAAAACCGACAAAGAGGAAUUAUCCGAAGGGAAUGAAAACGACGGACGCAAGGAGAUGAAUAUAAAACAAAUAAUAGCUGGGUUCGAUGAUGUUGAUACUGAAAUGCUGUGUAUUCCUGCGGAUUUUAUGCUUCAGUUUCUAACUUGGCUUUUGAUUCUAACCGUUAAAUGUCCCACCACCAAUUCUAAAUUGGAUAACGGUGAGACGCAUGACCAAUGGGGCAAUUUCAAAAUCUCAGCACUGAAUCUCCUUAGAACAAUGAAUCCAGACGUGGUGGGCGAUAUAGAAUCACAUUCGAUAACAUUUCAACAGUUUUCUACUGCAAUAAGAACUGUAAUGCCCAAUCUAUUAAAACCACUAGAAAAUUUAAUGGAGCACUUUUUUUAUUUGCAGAACGAUUUAGUUGAUCAUGACACUAACUUAUCGAGUAUUCAGGACUCCAAGAUUAUGACUCCGGCACUGUUAGCACAGUUAUCUACGGGACUACCAAAGGAAUUAUUUAUACAGAAGCUACAAAGCCUAUACAUUGGUAGGAAAAGUGGUUUCUCGAUGAGGUCUUUGCAAGCGAAAGUGUUCAAGUGGAUGGCUCCUUCAAUUUUAGUUGUUAGUGGAAUGAGAAUAACAAAUUCUGAAGAAUACGCAGCUAAGAAAAACCCAAGGUAUCGCCACUUUCUUGAAGAAUUUCCUAAAUUAAAAGAGUCAGAUCAAAAAAUGGAUGCAUCUCAUUUCAAUAAAAAGAAAACUACAUUUGCUGUGUACAUAGACGAUCCAUGGAAAGUAACAAACAAAGAUUAUUUUGGUGAUUUGAAUACGAGAAUAAUAGAAAUAUCACCCAGGCAAGAUAUUUAUAAAGUAAACCAAAAAGGUACGAUUUAUUUCAAUACGAUUGGUGGCGGAAUUGGAAUUGGAGAUAAACAACCACUGAUCAAACCGGCGUCUAAGAGAUACAUACCAGGGAACGUGUCGUUGACUUUUGACAGCACAUUAGAAUUUGCUGUGUUCAGGAAUACCGGUUAUGGAGGAUCAUUAGACCCUGGCUUAUUAUCGAUGGAAAGAAAGGAGGAAAGUUCCCUUUUUGAAUUGCAUUUUUUGAUUCAAGAUGUCGAGGUGUGGGGUUGUGGUGGUGAGAAGGAAUUAGAAGAGCAAAUUAAACAGUUAGCAUGGGAAGAAGCAGAAUCUAAGAGAAGACAGCAAAUUAAUUUGAGAAGCUUGGGAGAAGACCGUGCCUUACUGGAAAUGGCAGGUUUGGUUGGCCAACACCAAGGUGGUGGUUCAAUGUGA